UCUUUAAUUCCAGCGUUAAGUUUUGUUUUGAGAUAUUAUUGAUGUGGGUCGUCAUCGUCUGUGUUUAAAUGCAUGGAUGGAUACCUUGUUUAGGCUAGUUAGUUUUCAAUCCGACCAGUCUUUCAACUCCACUACUACUACUAGUACUAGAACCUCCACCACCACCACCACUACCUCCAGAUCUUCUAGACAUAACAACAACAACAACAACUUCAACACCCAUAAUUAUCACUACGUGCACCAUCAUCAUCAUCAUCAUCAACCAGAAGGAGAAGGAGAAGGAGAAGAAGAAUUCGAAGAAGAAGAAGAAGAGGAAGAAUGCUGCAACAACAACAACAACAACUUUUACAUGGAUGAGGACGACUUUUCUUCCUCCUCUUCCAAGCACUUCUUCCCUUAUCAUCAUCAGCAGCAGCAGCAACAACAACAACAACAACAACAACAACAACAACAACAACAGCACAGCACUGCCACUCCAACAACCACCACCACUACAGCCUCUAGUAGUCAUCAUGCUGCUGCUGCAGCUUUGGAACCCAGCAGCAGCAGCGCCGCAGCGGAAUUCGGCUUUUCCCCAGCACCAGACCUCAAUCUGCAAGGGUUCGCCUCCGACAAGUGGGCGACGAACCUGCUCAUGGAAACGGCCAGAGCCAUCGCCGACAAGAACAGCAGUCGCGUACAGCAGCUGAUGUGGAUGCUCAACGAGCUGAGCUCCCCCUACGGCGAUACCGACCAAAAGCUUGCCUCCUACUUCCUCCAGGCACUCUUCUGCCGCAUGACAGACUCUGGGGAACGCUGCUACCGUACUCUCACGUCCGCCUCGGAGAAGACCUGCUCCUUCGAGUCCACCAGGAAGAUGGUGCUCAAGUUUCAGGAAGUGAGCCCAUGGACCACCUUCGGCCACGUUGCCUGCAACGGUGCAAUCUUGGAGGCUCUGGAAGGCGAGUCCAAGCUCCACAUAGUCGACAUCAGCAACACCUACUGCACUCAGUGGCCCACCCUGCUGGAGGCUCUGGCCACCCGCACCGAUGAGACCCCUCACCUCCGUCUCACCACCGUCGUAGCCAACAAGGCGGCUGCUGCUUCUGGUGGUGGUGGUGCAGCAUCGUCUUCUUCGGCCGCAGCAGCCGCCCAGAAGGUGAUGAAAGAGAUAGGAAACCGAAUGGAGAAGUUCGCGAGGCUUAUGGGGGUGCCCUUCAAAUUCAACACGGUGCACCACGCAGGAGACCUGUCAGACAUGGACUUGGUGGCGGAGUUGGACCUCAGGGAUGAUGAGGCUCUAGCCAUCAACUGCGUGGGCACCUUACACACCGUGGCGGCGGUGGAGAAUCGCAGAGACGCCGUGCUGGCGGCGUUCCAGAGGUUGAGGCCGAAGAUUGUGACGGUGAUGGAGGAGGAGGCUGAGCUGGACAGCGUUGGAAUUGGAAUGGAGGAGGAGGGGUUUGACUUCUUCAGGGGAUUCCAGGAGUGCGUAAGGUGGUUCAGGGUGUACUUGGAGUCCCUGGACGAGUCGUUCCCAAGAACCAGCAACGAAAGGCUCAUGCUGGAGCGGGGCGCAGGGCGUGCACUGGUCGACCUCCUGGCCUGCCCACCCGCCCAAUCCAGCGAGAGUCGUGAGUCGGCCGCUCGCUGGUCUCGUCGAAUGAGGGAGGCCGGGUUCAACCCGGUCCCCUUCAGUGAUGACGUGUCAGAUGACGUGCGUGCGCUGCUGAGGCGAUACAGGGAGGGCUGCUGGUCAAUGACGACGACGACGACUACUACUACUACUACUACAACACCUGCUGUCUCUUCCGACGCCGGCAUAUUUUUGGCUUGGAAAGACCAGCCGGUCGUCUGGGCUAGCGCUUGGAGGCCUUUUUCCUAGUA